AGGGGCUGCAGGCGCUGGGCGUGCACUGGUGCAAGCUGAGUUCAUAUGUGCUACCCACACCUUCCCAUCCCUCCUCACCCCUCCCCAACCUUCCCCACCCAUCUUCACCACUUUCCAUCGCUUCCCACCUCUGUGUUCUCUUGAACUUUCAGACCUGUGGAGUUCGGAAGACCACGAAGCAAUCGAGGGGCUGCAGGCGCUGGUCACUGGUGCCGCUCAGUCUGAGGCAAUAAACCUGUGGAGUUCUGAAGACUACAAAGCAAUAGAGGGGCUGCAGGCUCUGGGGGUGCACCGGUGCAAGCUGAAGGAGAUAGCCGACGCCACCCAGGGGUUCAAGACGCCGCUGGGGGAGGGCGGAUACGGACAGGUGUACCGAGGAGUGCUAAAAAAUGGAGAGGUGGUGGCAGUGAAACGAGCCAAGGGGCAUGUGAAGCCGGUGCUGGUGUAUGAAUUCAUUGAGAGAGGCACGCUGGAAGAUAUGCUGCGAGCCAACUCAAAGCACCAGUUGACAUGGCGGCAGCGAGUCAACAUUGCAUGUGGGGCAGCCAGUGGGUUUGCGUACCUGCACCAUCAGAUCAAGCCCCCUAUUAUCCACCGCGAUGUCAAGACGGCCAACAUCCUAAUCACAGCAGAUCUCGAGGCCAAGGUGGCUGACUUUGGUAUUUCCAAGUCUAAACGCAUGCAUGCUUCCCUGACUCCUUCCCACCCCCCUCCCCCAACCUUUCUUCUCCAGACGGCCAACAUCCUCAUCACAGCAGGCCUCGAGGCCAAGGUGGCCGACUUUGGUAUUUCCAAGGCUGUGCCUGAGGAGGCGGAGGGCGGGGGGAGGCUGGAGACGCAAGUGAAAGGCACGGUGGGCUAUCAGGACCCGCGUUACUUCCAGUCUGACCUGCUAACUGAGAAGAGCGACGUCUACAGCUUUGGAAUCGGCUAUUUGGACCCACAAUAUUUCCAGAGCGACCUGCUAACUGAGAAGAGCGACGUCUACAGCUUCGGCAUCGUGCUGCUAGAGCUCGCCACUGGCCUCCGCCCGGGGGGAGCAGUGGGUGGAGGAGCAGGGGGGGGAGCAGGGGGGGGAAGGGGGGGAGGAGAAGGGGGAACAGAGGGCGGAGGGGAAGGGAGAGGUGGUGGGGGAGGUGGAAAGGUGGGGAUGAGUGAGGGGAAGGCAAUGGAGGAGACGUGUGGGAGUGAGGCCUUGGAGGAAACGUUUGAGUGGUUUGUGCGGCUGGCAAUGCGGUGUAGCUUGAAGCAGGUUCAGAACCGACCUGACAUGCAGCAGGUUUUGAAGGAGUUGGAAGGGAUUAAGAGGCGGUUGAACUGGGUUUCUGCUUCCCGUGCUGCUGGUGCUGGUGAUGCUGGUGGCUUUGCUGCUCCUGGUGGUGCUGCUGCUACCGGUGUUGCUGAUGUUGGUGGUGGUGAUAGUGACACGCGUGAGAAUGGCGAAGGGUACAAUAUGGAAGGGGAGCCUGUGUGUGCGUCCAAGUCACAAACGAGUGACAGGUUCUGGAAGGAAAUAGCUGCAGCGGCGUCAGGAGGGGCUGCAAGGGAGGAUUGGGGUGAGGAGGAUGAGGAUGAGGAGGUUUCGUGGUAUGAGGAGCGAAUGAAGCUGCAAGGAGGGAAGGGUGGGACGUCGAGCAGCGGUGGGGAUGGGUUGAGUCCGACAAUGACGUUCAGUGGGAGUGUGCAUAAAAGAGACGUGAAUCCCCGGUGA